GUGAAAGGAAACCUGGAUGCCAUUUCUCUGAUAUGCAUCCCCAUAUUUGGCUGACUAACAACCUUUAUUAAGAGAGGCAGUCUGGUGUCAGCCACUGGAUCCAUCAUUUCACUUGACAAAGGUUGACGGUCAAAGGUAAGAAAAACAUCCACUCAAAUGGGAAACUGCUGCUUCAUAAGUGAAGAGUGUUUGUUGAUGAUGUUAGAGUUACUCCCAGCUCUAUAUUGACAGUUGUUACUGCUAACAACAUUUCGUAAGGGGUUAGUGAAACAUUGUGGUUGAGGAGAUCCAUUGUGUUACUGCUUUUUUAUACUUGUCACUUGAUUUGUCUCAGAUAAUGAUGUAACAUGACAUUCUGUCUGCUUCUGUCUGCGAAAUACAAAUAACACAGAUCCCAAGUACUUGUGGAGGGAAACACCUCAGGUUGAAAAAUGGGUGAUGCCGCAAUGGCAGAGUUUGGGACAGCUGCUUCUUAUCUUAGGAAGUCAGAUAAGGAGCGUCUAGAAGCCCAGACACGUCCAUUUGACAUGAAGAAGGAGUGUUUUGUUCCUGAUCCAGAGGUUGAGUAUGUCAAAGGUUCCAUCACUAGUCGUGAUGGUGACUCUGUCACUGUCCAGACUGAAUUUGGAAAGACUGUGACAGUGAAGGAGUGUGAUGUUCACCCUCAGAACCCGCCAAAGUUUGAUAAAAUUGAGGACAUGGCGAUGUUCACCUUCCUCCAUGAGCCCGCUGUACUGUUUAACCUCAAAGAGCGUUACGCAGCAUGGAUGAUUUAUACCUACUCUGGGCUCUUCUGUGUGACUGUCAACCCCUACAAGUGGCUGCCAGUCUACAACCAAGAGGUGGUUGUUGCCUACAGAGGAAAGAAGAGGAGUGAAGCUCCUCCUCAUAUCUUCUCAAUCUCUGACAAUGCCUACCAGUACAUGCUGGCAGACAGAGAAAACCAGUCGAUCCUUAUCACUGGAGAAUCUGGUGCUGGAAAGACUGUAAACACCAAGCGUGUCAUUCAAUACUUUGCCAGCAUUGCUGCUGCUCCGGGUGUGAAGAAAGACCAAGCUGCUGAAAAGAAGGGUACCCUGGAGGAUCAAAUCAUUCAGGCUAACCCUGCUCUUGAGGCCUUUGGGAAUGCCAAGACCAUCAGGAAUGACAACUCCUCCAGAUUUGGUAAAUUUAUCAGAAUUCAUUUUGACAACCGAGGAAAGCUGGCCUCUGCUGACAUCGAAACAUACCUCCUGGAGAAGUCUCGUGUGACCUAUCAGCUUAAAGCUGAGCGGGACUACCACAUUUUCUACCAGAUCUUGUCUCAGCAAAAACCAGAACUUCUGGACAUGUUGCUCAUCACCAACAACCCCUAUGACUACGCCUUCAUCUCCCAAGGAGAGACAACAGUAGCCUCUAUCAAUGACUCUGAAGAGCUGAUGGCCACUGAUGACGCCUUUGAUGUGCUGGGCUUCACUCAAGAAGAGAAGAACAGUAUUUACAAGCUGACUGGUGCCAUCAUGCACUAUGGUAACAUGAAGUUUAAGCAGAAGCAGCGAGAAGAGCAGGCAGAAGCUGAUGGCACUGAAGUUGCUGACAAAGUUGCAUAUCUGAUGGGCCUGAACUCUGCCGACCUCAUCAAAGGUCUCUUGCACCCAAGAGUCAAAGUAGGAAAUGAGUGGGUCACCAAGGGACAAAAUGUCGCUCAGGUGUACUAUGCUGUCGGUGCACUGUCUAAGUCAGUAUAUGAGAAGAUGUUCCUGUGGAUGGUGGUGAGAAUUAACCAGUCCCUGGACACCAAGCAGCCCCGUCAGUACUUUAUUGGUGUACUGGACAUUGCUGGAUUUGAGAUCUUUGAUUUCAACACCUUUGAGCAGCUGUGCAUCAACUUCACCAAUGAAAAACUGCAACAGUUUUUCAACCACCACAUGUUUGUGCUGGAGCAGGAAGAGUACAAGAAAGAGGGCAUUGAAUGGACUUUCAUAGAUUUUGGGAUGGACUUGCAGGCCUGCAUUGAUCUGAUUGAAAAGCCCAUGGGUAUCAUGUCCAUCCUUGAAGAGGAGUGCAUGUUCCCCAAAGCUUCUGAUACCACCUUUAAAGCUAAGCUCUAUGACAACCAUCUGGGGAAAUCUGGUAACUUUCAGAAGCCCAGAAUUGUCAAAGGGAAACCAGAGGCCCAUUUCUCCCUGGUUCAUUAUGCUGGAACUGUUGAUUAUAAUAUCAACAACUGGCUGGUGAAGAACAAGGAUCCUCUGAAUGAGACCGUUGUUGGACUUUUCCAGAAGUCUAAUCUCAAGCUGUUAGGUACCCUCUUUGCAAAUUAUGCAGGAGCUGAGUCAGCUGAUUCUGGUGGGAAAGGCAAAGGUGGCAGCAAGAAGAAAGGUUCAUCCUUCCAAACAGUAUCAGCUUUGCACAGAGAGAACCUGAACAAGCUGAUGACCAACUUGAGGUCAACUCACCCUCACUUUGUACGCUGCAUCAUCCCCAAUGAGACCAAGACUCCUGGGGCCAUGGAGAACCCUCUGGUGAUGCACCAGCUGCGCUGUAACGGUGUGCUGGAAGGCAUCAGGAUCUGCAGAAAGGGCUUCCCCAACAGGAUCCUCUAUGGAGAUUUCAAACAGAGAUACCGUAUUUUGAACCCUAAUGCAAUUCCUGAGGGACAAUUCAUCGACAACAAGAAGGCUGCUGAGAAACUGUUAGGUUCUCUGGAUAUUGACCAUAACCAAUACAAACUGGGGCACACUAAGGUGUUCUUCAAAGCUGGACUGUUGGGUCUGCUGGAGGAAAUGCGAGAUGACCGACUAGCACUAAUCAUCACUGGCAUCCAAGCACGGUCAAGAGGACUUCUGGCGAGAAUUGAAUUCCAGAAGAUUGUUGAACGCAGGGACGCACUACUUGUGAUCCAGUGGAACAUCCGUGCGUUCAUGGGGGUCAAAAAUUGGCCCUGGAUGAAGAUGUACUUCAAGAUUAAACCCCUCCUGAAAUCAGCAGAGACUGAAAAGGAGAUGGCCAACAUGAAGGAAGAGUUUGCCAAACUAAAAGAGGCUUACGCAAAAUCUGAAGCUCGCAAAAAGGAACUGGAAGAAAAAAUGGUCUCUCUUCUCCAAGAGAAGAAUGACCUGCAGCUUCAAGUUCAAUCUGAGCAAGAUAAUCUGUGUGAUGCUGAGGAAAGAUGCGAGGGGCUGAUUAAGAGCAAGAUCCAGCUGGAGGCAAAAAUCAAAGAGCAGUCAGAAAGACUAGAGGAUGAGGAGGAGUUGAAUGCUGAACUGACUGCUAAGAAGAGGAAAUUAGAGGAUGAGUGCUCUGAGCUGAAGAAAGACAUUGAUGACUUAGAGUUAACUCUGGCCAAAGUGGAGAAAGAGAAGCACGCUACUGAGAACAAGGUUAAGAACCUGACUGAGGAGAUGGCUGCUUUGGAUGAAAUCAUUGCUAAGUUGACAAAGGAAAAGAAAGCCUUACAGGAAGCUCAUCAGCAAACACUGGAUGACCUGCAGAGUGAAGAAGACAAAGUCAACACUCUGACGAAGGCCAAGGUUAAGCUGGAGCAGCAAGUGGAUGAUCUUGAAGGGUCCCUGGAGCAAGAGAAGAAAGUGCGUAUGGAUCUUGAGAGAGCAAAGCGGAAGCUUGAGGGAGACCUAAAGUUAACUCAAGAGAGUCUCAUGGACCUGGAAAAUGACAAGCAGCAACUCGAAGAGAGGCUGAAAAAGAAAGAUUUUGAAAUCAGCCAACUUAUUGGCAAGAUAGAAGACGAACAAGUGAUGAGUGCCCAGCUCCAGAAAAAAUUGAAGGAGUUACAGGCCCGCAUCGAGGAGCUGGAGGAAGAGCUUGAGGCAGAACGAGCUGCCCGAGCCAAGGUGGAGAAGCAGAGAGCAGACUUGUCCAGAGAGCUGGAGGAGAUCAGUGAGAGGUUGGAGGAGGCUGGUGGAGCAACAACUGUCCAGAUUGAGAUGAACAAGAAGAGGGAGGCUGAGUUCCAGAAACUCCGCAGAGACCUUGAAGAGGCCACUCUGCAGCAUGAAGCCACUGCUGCCACUCUCAGGAAGAAACAAGCUGACAGUGUUGCUGAUCUGGGAGAGCAGAUCGACAACCUGCAGAGAGUCAAGCAGAAACUGGAGAAGGAGAAGAGUGAGCUCAGACUGGANAGAACUGAGGAACUAGAGGAGGCUAAAAAGAAGCUGGCUCAGCGUCUGCAGGAGGCCGAGGAGGCUGUUGAAGCAGUGAAUGCUAAAUGUUCCUCUCUGGAGAAGACCAAACACAGGCUGCAGAAUGAGAUUGAAGAUCUCAUGGUGGAUGUGGAGAGGUCUAAUGCUGCUGCUGCUGCUCUGGACAAGAAGCAAAGAAACUUUGACAAGAUCUUGGCAGAAUGGAAACAGAAGUAUGAAGAGUCUCAAACAGAGCUGGAGAGCUCUCAGAAGGAAGCCAGGUCUCUGAGCACUGAGCUCUUCAAACUAAAGAACUCCUAUGAAGAAUCUCUUGAACAUCUGGAGACCAUGAAGAGAGAGAAUAAGAAUCUGCAGGAGGAAAUAUCUGACCUCACUGAGCAAAUUGGUGAGAGUGGAAAGAGCAUUCAUGAACUUGAGAAGAUGCGAAAACAAUUGGAACAAGAGAAGUCUGAGAUACAAACAGCCCUGGAGGAAGCAGAGGCCUCACUGGAGCAUGAGGAAGGGAAGAUUCUCAGAGCCCAGCUUGAGUUUAACCAGAUUAAGGCUGAUAUUGAGCGCAAGCUGUCUGAAAAAGAUGAAGAGAUGGAGCAAGCAAAGAGAAACCAACAGCGUAUGGUGGAUACUCUUCAGAGCUCUCUUGAGGCCGAGACUCGAAGCAGGAAUGAGGCCCUCCGUUUGAAGAAGAAGAUGGAGGGAGACCUCAAUGAGAUGGAGAUUCAGCUGAGCCAGGCCAACAGGCAGGCAGCUGAGGCUCAGAAACAACUUAAGGCUGUUCAUGCACAUCUGAAGGAUGCUCAACUCCAGCUCGAUGACUCUCUUCGAGCCAAUGAUGAUCUAAAGGAAAACAGUGCCAUCAUUGAGAGACGCAACAUCCUGCUUCUGGCCGAAGUGGAGGAGCUCAGGGCUGCUCUGGAGCAAGCUGAGAGAAGUCGCAAACUUGCUGAGCAAGAGCUGCUGGACGUUAGUGAAAGGGUGCAGCUACUGCACUCACAGAAUACUAGUCUGAUAAAUCAAAAGAAGAAGCUGGAGGCUGAUACUGCCCAGCUUCAGACUGAAGUAGAGGAAGCAGUACAAGAGUGCAGAAAUGCUGAGGAAAAGGCCAAGAAGGCCAUUACUGAUGCUGCCAUGAUGGCAGAGGAGCUGAAGAAAGAGCAGGACACCAGUGCUCACCUGGAGCGUAUGAAGAAGAACAUGGAGCAAACCAUUAAAGACCUGCAGCACCGUCUGGAUGAAGCUGAACAGAUUGCAAUGAAGGGAGGCAAGAAGCAGUUGCAGAAGCUCGAGGCCAGGAUCAAAGAACUGGAAUGUGAAGUAGAGGCUGAACAAAGAAAGUCCAGCGAUGCUGUCAAGGGAAUACGAAAAUAUGAGAGACGAAUCAAAGAGUUGACUUACCAGACAGAGGAGGAUCGUAAGAAUCUUGCCCGUCUGCAAGAUCUGGUAGACAAGCUACAGCUAAAGGUCAAAUCCUACAAGAGAGCUGCAGAGGAAGCUGAGGAACAGGCCAACAGUAAUCUUACCAAGUUUCGUAAGAUUCAACAUGAGCUUGAUGAAGCUGAAGAGAGAGCUGAUAUCGCUGAGUCUCAGGUCAACAAGCUACGUGCCAAGAGCCGUGAUGUGGGGUCAAAGAAAGGACAUGAUGGGGAGUGAAGCUCAUGGAAUGAAUUCUUGUUUCUGAGGCAUCUGAUGUCUGAAUAAUGGUGUCUCCCUAAGCAUGUCAGUUGUUCAGUAGAAUAAAGUAAUCUGCAUC